GCGGCGGGGCGUCCCGUCCCCUCCCGCCGCCACUCCGCUUUCAACUUCGUGACGGAAGGGUGGGCCAGUUUUCAUCCGCGGAAAACUACUUUACACGGCCUUCCACAGCAAAUAUAAAUUGAAGUAUAAGUUUUAUAGUGCCUAGGGAAUUGUUGGACAAUCUUUGGACGCUCCCAAACCGGUCCUGAGAAAACUGCUGUGGUGUUGAUCUGGCGUGUGAAAUCGUAAAGUUCAGCCGAUUAUGAUGUCUGUUCCGAAAGGAAAAAUGAGGACCGAGUGCAAAGUGUACGUGGGGAACCUUGGCAAUGCUGAUGCCAAGCAUGAGUUGGAAUCAGCUUUUUCUAAGUAUGGGCCUCUGGUCAAUGUGUGGGUAGCCCGCAAUCCUCCCGGGUUUGCCUUUGUGGAGUUUGAGGACCCAAGGGAUGCUGAGGACUCUGUGCGGGCUCUGGAUGGCACUCGACUAUGUGGUGUGCGGGUGAAGGUGGAGAUGUCAACUGGACGUUCUCGUCGUGACCGCUUCCACUCUCCUCCACGUCGAGGCGGCGCCGGUGCAAGGAGAUCAAGGUCGCGCUCCCCACGGAGGUUUGGGGGCAGCCGAGGACGAUCACGCUCCCGCUCCCCCAGGCGGUCCAGGUCCCGCUCUCCAAGGCCAGCUCGCCGUGGCUCCCCAAGGUAUGAUGACUACCACCGCCGCAGUGAAUCACCACAGCCCAAGAGGCGCUCACGCUCGAGGUCAUAAGUCCAGGCUGUCUGUUGGACGAUGUCUUGGAGUGGCUGGCCACAGAAGAGGGAUGUUCCAGAAAGUGGUAUUUGGUGUGGCCAACACAGCGUAUAUUUUUUUAUGGGUGGUGAGUUAAAACUGAAUGGUGGUGACUGUCUAGUAAAGUUGCGGGUGGACUAAAUCAGCUAAUGGCCUCCAGCCAGAGGCCCUGUGUAGUCCUUGACAGUGUACUGAGGAUUGAUAAGACACCACACUUUAGAAGCUGGUGGUGACUUGUAUCUACUUUGCCUCUUGGAUCAUUCACUGUCCUCCCCCAUAAGUGGUCAUUAUGCAUUGUCCCUUUUGAUAUAAAAAAAAACACCUAAGGCUUAAUCAUUGUAAAAGGUAGUAAUAAGGUCAGCUUUGAGCUUCUUAUUUUACAAAGGAUCAUCUCCAAUUUGUGGAUAAAGCUUUCUACCUGAACAUUAGUCUUGGAACAUUUUUUCUUGUCUUCAAUAGAAGGUUUUGGCACUUGCACAUGAUUUUCAGUCAUGACGUUCAUUUCAAAUCAUUAGUGUAUAAGGAGAUAAAUGUGUUUCAUUACAGCAAUCUCGUAGCUUUCAUGGUCUUUUGGUUGUAUUUCCUUAUUAAAAAUACUUCUUGAUGUUAGAUUCAUCACUCAAAUUUCUAAAGAUGUCCUAUGCUUCAUGAUGCAAGCUUUGUAAUGGAACAAAUCUUUUCCUAACGAGAUAUCACGAUUUGUAGUUCAUACUUUCAGCCGCUAGAUGUCCUUAACUUUCUUGUUGGAAAUGAGAUGUGGAAUACUUUAAAUAUCAAUUUAUGGGCACUUUUCUAUAUAAUUAUGGUCAUUGUAUUUUAUUUUUUCUUGUGUUUGAUGUUGCAUAUGUGUAUUCUACCUGUGUACUAUAUAUACACUUCAGUAUCAUAACUGUGAGUCCUUUCCUAUGUUUAUUUCUGCCAUUAAUGGACGUCUUCAACUUUUUUCUUGAAUUAGAUUUAUGGACUCAAAACACAUAAAUCAUCAUCCCCCCAUUUUGUUAUUUUGUCUCAGGCCAUUAUCCAGGUCACUCAUUGACUAUCACACAGCCACAGUAUUAUUCAUUAAAUGUGCGUUAGACUGUGUAUUGGAAAAUUCUCCUGCAUUUCAAGACCCAGGAUGUUUGUAAAACAAAGCAAACAUUCAGUGAUUUCAAAAUAUAUUGUGCUGUGUGGAGUUUCAUAGAAUAAAAAUUUUGUAAACAGUAUACAAAAAAUAUGAAGUUUGGCUUGGCUACUGAUGAGGCUCCAGCCUCAUCAGUAGCCAAUAUUAUUGAAACCUCAUUAAAGUAUAGCCGAAACUAGUUACUGUAUGAACACUAUCCACACGUUACUGAAAGACGACACUAUGGACACCUAACAGGUGAGACCAUAAUUACAGGUCAUGAUAUUUCUAAUUGCAAGGUGCACGCAUCGUUUGUGUUGUGAAGUUUUGCAAUUUUGGUAAGUUUGUGUGGUGGAUUAUCUCGGAUUUGUCAUGCUUACUACAUUUGUAAAACUAGAAAACAACUAACUGUUUUAGACCAUAGUAGAGAACCAAAUGGUAUGGUCCAUUUUAAACUGUGAUGCUUAUUGUCUUAUUGUCUUUUUAUUUUUAUUUAUUUUUAUUUUUUUUUCAAGUUUUUAUUGUUUGAUAAUAUCUUUACACUGCAGGAAUGCAGUGUUUUUGUCAGUCAGUUUAUUGGGUGCAGAACCCAUGGGCAUGGGGCACUUGACAGCUUCCCCCACCAUCAUGCUAUGUAGCUCAUUUACCAGGAAUUUGUGUACAAUUGUUUGUGAAAGUAUGAAAUGUUAUGUAAGCCUUUUUUAUUUUGACUUUUUCCUUGCCAGAUUUUUUUUUUUUUCAAAGCAUUUCAAUUGUGUUGGAGAAAAUAGAUUAUCCAUACCUGA